AGUUUUAAUAGAAGUGUGGCGCAAAGCGUUGCAUUGAAUCUUCUGAUGCAUGGCUGGGUUACUUGUCAUUUUGUCUACAUCGAUAUUGACUUCAUCAUGAGGCAGAACCACGACUACUACCCUCUGCUCAAUGUGGAAGACAGCCUGCAGGUCGACGAGAAGGGUUUAGGGGUGGAUUGGAGCGACCAUACACAGAUCAUACCUACGCAUACUUGCAGUUUCAUCAUCUACAUGUCUGUAUUCUUGAUCUCUCUGGCCACCAACAUCCUGUUAGUGAUAGAUAAUGGACGCCUCCGCAACGCAAGUCGAGAUUGGGGGAUGUCAGAUUAUAGCGGCACAACUUUCGACGUAAGAGUCUCCUACCAAUCUCAAAAUGAGUAUUGGAGUCUCAAUACAAGUCGCAAAGAUCUUGAUGCUGCCUGGGAUGCGAUAGACACCGAUUCCAUGGCCGUCACCCUUCACGAUAGAUACGCAAAGGAUCUUGGUCUAGAACCAUCAAUGCGCUUUCCUUGGGAUACGGAACGAGGCGUCUAUUAUGUGAAAGGGAUUCAUGAUCUACAUUGUUUGAAAGUCAUACGUAAGGCUUUGGUUUCGAAUCACUUCAAAGAGAACCACAAUUUCUCUUUCGACCACCUUCUUCACUGUCUUGAUGGAUUGCGACAAGAUGUUUUGUGCAUAGCGGAUGAUACUCCGAUGCCAGCUGAAUCUGCAUACCAUGUGGGUAGCGGUCAAGUCCGACGAUGUCGGGAUUGGAAUAAGCUGAAAGAAUGGGCUUCUGAAUCGGAGCAAAAUGCUUGUCACCGCUUUGAUGACUAUCGAGAGGCCACAGAAAGGGUUGAGCUCUUUGCAUAUUGCCCACCAGAUUCACCGUAUCUCCCUGCUAUGAGGACGUACUUUGAUCUUCAUGGACACAGAGAUGCAUACGGGGGAAAUAUUCAAUGA